UAUCGAUAGUUGGCGGCAGCUUUCUUGCCAUCUAUCGUUUUUUCAAAAAUUCAAAAUUAGUAAGUUAAUCAGAUGUCAUGGCACUGAACCCGAAAUGGGAGAAAAUCUAUGAGCGAUUGGUUCAGGCGCACUUUGCUGACCAGCGGCAGGUGGAAAUCCUGCAGCGGCAACUACGGCGGUUGAGGGAAAAGCGGCAUCUCCUGGAGGAGCGAAUUGAUUAUGACACCCACAACACGGAAGUUUGGAUGCGGAUGAUGGAUACCGUGCGUCGGGAAGUGGAGCGUGUUCGGAGGCAGAAGGAUCGCCUAACGCCUAAGGAUGAGAAGCUGCUGCAGCGGAUAUUGCGACGAUUUCCAAAGGACAGAUUUGAGGAUAGGGUGCGACUUAUGGAAGUGUCCGAAAAAUUAAUGGCAAAGCCGUGUAAAGAUGCUUCUGUUGGGAAGGCAAAGAUGAACGUGGAAAACUCCAUGGACACUGAGCCUUCUCAACAAAAGCCCUGUGAUCCCAAGACCCAACCCAAAGUGGACAAGCGGCUGGCAAGGAUUAACGCCGAUUUGCAAGAACUACGACGGAUUAAUGAAGAGACCAUGGACACCAUGGCUGAUAUAGGCGUCCUAAAGUCCACCAUACAACAUCUGAUAACCGGCACCAGUGUUAAGAUUACUCCCUAUGUUGUUCGCCGCAGUUCCUUAGAUUUGAAGAAAGCAUAUCCAAGGGAUAAAAAGGCUACCAUCGUCAUAACUCGAAAGAAACGGAACUACGAGAUUCGGGAAAAGUUGCAUAUCCGGCCGCCAUACAUUCUAGAUCAUGUGCCUCAACUGCAGCCAGACACUUUUAAAUUUCUGCAGAUAAAUUCGAAGCGCAAACACUGAUACUCUGCUUCUCUGGUGGGGACAAUAAUUUAUUAUACCAAGAAUUAGUCUACUUAAACAUAGUCUAAAUGAACAUGUUCUAUGCUAUGCUAA